AAAUUAAUAAUACUUAUUUGAUAUAAGUUCCACAUUGCACAUAUACUUGAGUUCCACACAAAGUGGCAACAACUGCAGAUGGCUGUGCAAAUGAUCAGCUGUUGUGCAAAACAAAUCAAAAUUACGCGCCUUUGUGGAAGGCGAGUACAUUUCAUCAUUUUCGAUUUAAAGAUUUUAUUUUAAAAAUUUUGUGUACUUUGGUAUAAAAUAAAAAUUUAUAAAAACAAUGUCACUGAAUUGUCCAACUAGUCCAGUUUAUCGCACAAGUGCAGAGCAGAAGUUGCAGUCGAAGAAUGCAGCUAAACGGUAUCGUUAUGGAAACAAAUUAUUGAGAGACACAUUGCGUGAAAAAUGUCGCAUACGUAUACGCGAUGCACGUCAACUUGGUUUCGAACAAUCCCGUCUUCUAAUGCAACAAGUUUUACGUGAUGAAUUGGCGGAAAUUGAAAGUGAUCUAAAAUUGCAGGAGGAAAUCUAUAAAGAACUCGAAGAUGAGCUAAAUGAUUGGUAUUUAGAACAAUUUGAAGAAGAAGAGAAAUAUAUUAUAAAUGUAGGUGAGGACAGUGCUGCAUUUUGUCCAAUAUGUCAACGAGCAACUUUAGAACCAAGCGGUGUCAGUAAGAUUAUCAGCUGCAAGUGUGGUUCGAAUUUCUUUUAUGAUGGUGUUUUGAACGAAUUGGUUACUAAAUUGCAGUCAAAAGUUGAGAAACAUGAACAGAAUUGUGCUCAGCGCUUAAUAUUUUUUAUUGAACCAAAUAUUUAUAAUCAAAAUAUUUUGAAUGCAAUGUGUGAUAGUUGCGAUUAUUUCUGUAAUUUUUAAUUUAUUUUAUUUUAUAAAUAUUGUCUUUAUUUUUUGUUAUAUAUGAUUGAA